AUGUCUUCUACUGGUGUUAGAUUCUGCCUUACAAUUCCAAAGUCGUUAAAACAUCCAAAGUAUUCUGGUAAUACCUAUCAAAUACGUAUUGUCCACAGACUAGUUGAAUGUCUUAAGACUUCUCUUAUGGAAAAUCGUCUAAUGUCAACCUUUAUUCCAACUGACAGACAGAUUAAUACUGAAUGUGAUGACCGGCCAGUAUUUACAUCUUGUUGUGCAGUUGACGAAACAUCAAAAACUGACAAUUCCAAUUGUUGUGAUCAUUCUACACACUUUGUUUUGAUAUAUGUACCUAAAUCUUGGCUUAAACAAUGUGCAUCAUUACUAAGACCGGAUUUAUCAAUCGAUAAACAAGAACUCAAUGAUUGUAUUCAAAAAUUAUCCAGUGGACAAACAGCUUGGCUUGCUGAACUCGCUAUUCGUAGUUUAAUUCUGUCCAAAGCACAGAUUCAAAGUCUCGUACAUGAUUUGGAUUUGCCCUUAAAUCUAGUUAAUAAUGUUGAUAGGCAUAUUUUGUCGAAUCGUUCAGCUUUAUUCACCUUGGAAUGUUUAGGACUAAUAUCUAAUUUAAUUCGAAGUCAUGAUAAAAUGGAGAGACGAUAUAUAUGGAGUGAUCAUUUUUCUUCAGUACACGUAUUUCCAGAUUCUGAGAAAUUACGUCAGUAUUUUGGUGAUUCAGUUGGAUUUUAUUUUGUUUGGAUGAAGUCAUAUUGUGUUUACUUAAUUUGUCCGUUAAUUGCUGGUUUAUUUUGUCAAAUGUUCAAUUUACUAAAUAGUCAACUUUUUGACGACAAGGGUGUAUCGUUAGGAAUUCAUUUACUGUAUACUAUUUUACGAUUCUCUGGGCUGUUAUCUGCACUAAAAUGUGGCAACCGACCAACGUUCCAUGGAGUUUGGAGACAAAGCCGCGUUACUGGCCUAAUGGAACUGCACUAUCCUGCUGCUAAACGUCGGCUACGUUAUUUGGCAUCUGGUUUCAUUACAUUAGCAUGUUUGUUAUGGGCUAUAUUUAUAAAUAUUGCGCUUUUGAAUAUGGAGGGUUACAUCGUAGCAGAAAAGUCACCAUGGUUUCAUAUUCAAUUUGUAAGUCAGUUCGCUGAACCUGAUGCAAUAUUUGAUCCGAAUGCUAGUGGAAUGUUAUCCUAUGUUCCUGGGGUUUUACAUUCUUUAAUGGUUUUUGUUAUGAAUCAAAUGGUUUUUCGUGUUAUCGCUGAACAUUUAACUGAAUGGGAAAAUCAUUCUACAAAUAAAGACUAUGAACAUUCAUUGAUUUUGAAACGUUUCUUAUUCGAAUUAGUUGAUGCUUAUGGUGGUUUAGCUUAUUUAGGCUUUAUUCUAGUUGAUCGUUUGGCAUUACAUUCACUUUUGUUAACAAUGUUUGCUACAGAUUCAAUAAGACGUUUAACACUUGAAUGUAUUAUACCAUAUCUACUUUAUCGAUUUCGUGCAUGGAAAGAAAAACACUAUACUGGUUUAAUUAAACGUGACAACAAUAAUAAUGCGAAAUCUAUGUAUCAAAUACGUGUCGAACGUGAAUUAUGUGCAGAUAGUUAUGAAUCAUUUGAUGAUUAUUUAGAAAUGGUUUUACAACAUGGUUAUCUUGUAUUAUUUGCUUAUGCAUCACCAUUAUUUAUUACAUUCUUAGCUGUAUUAUGUACAUUUUUUGAAAUACAUUUUGAUGUAUUCAAAUUAUUUUGGGUGACACAAUGUCCUAAAUCAAAUUUAUUACUUAGAGGACAGUCUAUAUGGUUAUUGUUAUUAGGUAUACAAGCUUGGCUAUCUGUAUUAACUAAUGCUGGUUUAUUAAUAUCAGAAAUGCAUCAAUUUGAAAUAUUAACUGAUAUGUCAACAAGCACUAUAUUUCUAAUAUUUGAACAUUGUCUUAUAUUCAUUGCAUUGUGUAUACACUUUUUAAUAUCUGAUAUACCAGUUAGUGUACGAGAUGCUAGAUUAGCUCGAGAUUUUGCUAGAACACGUUUAUUGAAUCCUAAAAAAGAUCAAUAA